GAAGUGCACACAAUUUUUUUGUUGUUUCUAUCCAAUGAUAAUGAAAAAAAAAUGGGCUAUUAAAAAGUAAAAGUUUCGUUUGAUUGAGUUCACAAUUAGUUCCGUUAACCUUUUGCGUUUAUAUGAAGACCUGAAACUUGAAACAUACGAUGUGAAAAUGACGCUUAAGAAUUCACACAUCCGAUAACCACAAAGUCCAAAAAGAAUAGAUUUGUCUCAUAAUACGUGAAUGACAAUCUGCAUACCGUGAAAAACGAAAAUUAUGUUUUCUCUUACGGUGAUAGAGAUUCAAUCGUGUAAUGUGCCUCCUUAUUUGUAAAUACUUUUGGAAUCUAACGUAAUUUUCGUCCAACGAUCGAGGAUACAAUUAUGGAUUCCGCGAAGGGAUCUCGGAGAAACAGCCAAGCAAACAUGGAUCUGGAUGAACCCGAGGAAACCAAUGAUAAUGGACUGCUGGAGCAACAGAAGAGCGUGAAGAAGAUUGUAAAAAUCCAGAAUGGCAUGGUGUCAAGUGACAUAUUGAAGCUGAACAAUAACAUCGGAGAAGGCGAGGCAAAGUUUCUCCCUCAAGGAAAACCAACUGUAGUAAUAUUGAAUGGAGCUGGAUCAGCGAGAACAGAGAACUCGGAGGGACGGUCAGAAGAAAAAGUUGAAAUUUCAAGAAUACAGCGUGCGGACGAAGCUCCAAGUAUUUCAAAUGGAGCGCCGGAGGUUCCAGAGGUACAAAAUCAAUUGAGCACAGACCCGAAUUCGUGUGUAAUAAUUAACGGCUCUUCGAAUUCAUCCCAAUUGAGUGCGAGUACUUCUUACUCGGAAAGCAAGUCAGCAAAUGUGUCUAGUUUGGAAAGCGAGAAAAUCUUUGAUUCAGACAUUCGGAAUAACGUGGAUUACACGUUCGGCAUCGAAAAAUGUCCAGCUAAAGUUUCAUGCAGUAAAGAGUCGAGUUCGGAUGUAGGUAAUUACUCGAAUUCAUAUACGAGUGAGAUUUCGAUGAAUAACAUUGGAGCUAGAAUAGGUUCAACAAGCCAUGGUACAUGUUGCUAUCUGAGGCCGAACAUAAAUGGUUGCCGGGAAGAUGGAGAAGGCCCAAGUGGGACGCAACGGCGCGAUGAGGCUGACAGGAGGGACUCGAGCUCAGGAAACGAGGGUGAUUUGUCGGACGUUGAAGAUUAUUGCAUAUACACGUACAAAGGAAACGAUGAUGCGGUUGAACCGUUGAAUGCGAGACAACCUAUGAACCCUGGAAAUGAGGAUGAAUUGGUUGCCGCUGGACAACCCAACAGCGGAAGGUCCAGCCCUGAGAUGGAUUUUCUUGAGAUGGAUUUUGAUCCUGGACCUUCCUGCGAGCAAGACACCGGCGACAGUGAUUUAGCUUCCAUCAACGAGGACAUACAAAAUCUCACUCUUGACAACGUCGAUUCCGAUCCAUUGCUUCUGAACGAUCUUAGCGGUGGCAAAGUUGCUGUUUCUAGGCAACAAAGCGUUGUUACUCCCGAAGUUACUGUUACCAAACAACGUGAACAUAACGUUUCCAAUUAUGAGGAUCAACGUGACAAUGAAAUUGCCUCGACAUCCAAUCGGCCUACCAAUUGCACCAGCCCUGACUCUCAAUGCAUGCCGAGCACGAGUGCUGGCCUCCGUAAAUGGGAAGCGACGAGUCUCAAUCGGAGCAUCGGUUGCCCAUUACGAGAAUCCUAUAGUUACCACAACACAAGCGGUGAUUUAAUAUCACCAGGUGAGAAUCGUGAUACCGAGGCAGAACUAUGGGCGGAAAAUUGCUCUGUCUCGGUACCCGAAAGUGCUAAUUUUAAUACGAGGAAGAAUAAUCUAAGCUCGACGUUAUAUCAUCGCAUGAUGGCGAAGAAAUUGAUGCUCAACAAACAAACCACUUUCAGUCAAAGCGGCGAUUCUAAUUUGGAAAAUGAAUUAUGCAACGCUCGACUGGGAGGAUCGAUUGUUGAAAAAGUUAUGCUCUGGAGCGAACAAGAGGCUACUAUAAAACAAGUCACACAAAUUGGUACUUCAGCUUGUGGGGCAACUUCGGCUAUAAAUGCUCUCCUCGCCCUCGACGUGCCAUUUUCCCUUGAAGUUUUGGUAAAAGGUGUAGCGACGAGAUUGCGCGAGCCUGGAACACCUUUGCCAAGGUAUCUUGUGAGCAGAUCGCUCGCGGGUGCAACACACAAGGAUGUAAUUCGUGGCAUAUCUUUAGCGACAAACGGCGCUGUAAUUACCAAAUUUUUUCCCUUUUAUCCGGAGCGCAACGUGUCGCUUUCGCACUGGCUUCAUUAUUGGAUUUCCCGAGGAGCUGCUCCAAUCGCGACGUUAAAUCUACAAAAUUGUGCAACGGGUUCAAACAUCCCGGAUGCGUGGCAUUAUCAAAUGAUCUUCGGCGUAAGUCAGUCGGGCAUUUACAUGACGAACCCUUUAGAAUGUUUGCCGGAACAGUUGGUUUGGCAUCAGCUCGUGAGUCCGAGUAUCCUCUUAAUAAAACGAGCCGACGUUUUGGCACAUUGGAAUCCGUCUACGGAUUUAACACCUUUGAUACGGCUCGAUCAGCGAUGGCGAAAGCUCAAUGUUCUCGGUCAAGUUGUGAACAUGAUACGCGAAACAAUGAGCGAGAGGAAGCGACCGGCGAAUUCGACGAUAGGAGCGAGUCACCUCCGCAUACCAGCGUCUUUUCAAGCUGGAAUCACUUUGGUUAUGCGCACCGACGCACCAGCUGCUGAAGAAUUAUUGCACACUGAACAAUUGCCCUUACUCUAGUCCCACGAUAGAAGUGAAUGGAAUUCGAAGAAACGAGAACGAGAUGGAAAGGAUAAAUAAGGAGAGAAAAAAGAAUAGAGUAAGGCUCACUUAACGUCCUUCGUCGUCGACUGGCCAAUAACGUUGUAAUUAAUAGCUGUAAUUUGAUAGGCUGAGUCGCACAACGUCGCGUCGAAAACCAUAAACCGAAACGAAAAAAUAAGAGAAAUCACAAGAUAAACUUGCCUGAACAACGAUAAAUCACGAUUUUACCCAUGCUCUUCGAUUUUCCCAAAAGUACUCCGUUAUGAAAACGAUAUUUCUCUUCAAGGAAAUCAUAAUGCCCGUGAAUAUUCUCACAUUACACGCAGAGUAUAUAGUUUUUCAGUUUUAUAUAACUGAAUAUAAAUUAUAAUAGUGGUCAACAUUGAUUGAUAUUUAACUCAGGUCUCUUCAACGAAGUUAUGACGUGUUUACCGCGACACUAAGCCUUUUUUUUUCUGCGCUCUUAAUCGUGCUCCCCCGGAGAUACCAUUUUUAUUUUACAUGUUUACCAAUGUAAUUCAUUAUUUUGCUAACCAUGCAGUAUAUUGAAUAUAAAUAUAUACAAGUUUGUAUGUAUUUAUACGUAUGCAGACGUCGAGAUUCAGUUUUUCAUUUGAAUUACUAUUGGAAAUUCAUUCAACCCACAAAAGAAUAUCAACCGAAAAAAUCCGAUUUUAGGAACGAUCGAUAAAUGAAAACUUGGUUCUUCACACGUUUCACGAGUAACAAAUACAAACGUGCGCCUUCGGUUCCAAUAAAAUGUACUGUUAUACCUCUUAAUAUUCAUCAUGACUUCAUUUUUUUUGUUUUAUUUUCAUUAAUAUGUAUACCAUAUCGAUAUGGAAAUUUAUUAUAUAAUCCUCGAAGAAAGCUUUGUUCUUUUAUGUUUUUCUUUGUUUCCUUAUUUAAGCGUUUGGAAAAUUUAUUUGUUUUUUGUCGGGUGUAAAUUGAAGAGUUCGUAACGCUCUGUGCGACAUCCUCUCCGAAAGCCGUUCUCAUCACUUUGUGCAAUUAUGGAAUACAAUAAGUUCGCUUUUAUGUACACGUACACAGGUAACGGUGAGUCUCCUUGCUCGGCACACAAGUUGUCGCACAAGUUUUUUUAAGGUGGUUCUAGGACAUGCUGAAAAGAUAACGAGAGAUCGUUACUAUUAUCUAGAGAUUGAAGGUUUUAUCGUUUUUUUUUCUUAUGGUUUCUAAUGGUUCCGAUGGCUCAAAAUUGUUUUCAAAAUUUUUUUUUCUGAUCUGCUUACCUCUCGAUAAGGGACGCGCGCAUCGAUGAUGUUAUUGCUGCUGGAGUUGCUUCAUUCAACUUGAACACACUCUCUAUCACUGAUAGCUCUGUACCCGUUGUAUCCAUACCACAAAAACUUGCCCAAUCGUUUACAACCAUACCAGCUGCUAUUACAUCGCUACCUCUGUUCACCGUUCCUGCCUGAAAUAAUAAAAAAAUUAAAUUAA